AUGAAAGUCAUGGCUGGUCCAACGCAGCAAGAACCAAAUGUUGAACCGAAUAGUUUUCAGGAAAACAGCAACUGGGCGUCAUUCGGGCUCGAUCCCAUCACAGCGACAGUGUCAAACAUCAACCCGGACGCUGAAGCACAACCUGACGCAGACUCGAGACAAGAUGUCGAAAAGACGGUCAGUGCAUGGAUCUGCGUUCUUGGGUCCUUUCUGGCUCUGAUACCCACAUUCGGCUUCAUGAACUCGCUAGGUACAGUCCAAACAUAUCUAAGCAUGAACCAACUCCACGACUACAGUGAAGGCGAAGUUGGAUGGAUCAGCGGCCUAUUUCUCUUCCUCUCACUCAUUCUCAACGUCCAAGUCGGCCCAAUGGUCGAUGUCCACGGACCCAACAUCAUCGGUCCCGUUGGAGCAGUUCUCUACGUGGCCAUGUUUCUGCUCAUGGCCGAAUGUCGCAACUACUGGCACUUCAUGCUCUGCCUAGGAGUAUUCGGGAGUAUCGGUGCCGCCAUGGCAAUGGUUGUAGCCAUCGCAAUAGUAGGAAAACUGUUUGUCCGUAAGCGAGGUCUCGCGAUGGGCAUUACACUCGCAGGAUCGUCCAUCGGCGCUGUCAUAUUCCCAAUCAUUCUGCGGUCGACGUAUCCCAAUCUCGGCUGGCAAUGGUCAAUGCGAAUCAUGGCGUUUAUAUCAGCAGGUCUUCUCGUCCCUGCCAUCCUCUGCUUCACCACCUUUAACAAGAUCUACAAGUCGUCAACAAAUGGCCAACCCAGUCCCAAGAGCUCGACACUCAACUUCACUGCCUUUCAGUCACCCGCAUUCUGCUUUGUUACCGCAGGCAUCUUUAUGUUUGAGUUCGUCAUCUUCAGUAUCUCGGGUCUUCUACCGUCCAUUUCCACUCGGGUCGGCUUCACUGCCGAGAAUGGAUAUACUCUUCUUUCUAUUGUCGGGGCGGCGAGCACAUUCGGCCGAGUUAUUCCCGGAAUCAUUGGCGAUAAACUUGGGCAUUUCAAUGUCCUGCUUGCUACUUUGGUGUUCACCAUCAUCUUUAUGGGGGCUCUGCUCGUUCCUUUUGGUACCAAGUCAGCUACUGUUCUGUACGCCUGGUCUGCUAUCUGGGGAUUUGGGUCUGGGUCUUUUCUUUCCAUUACCCCAGUCUGCAUGGGCAUGAUGAACUUUGUCACUGCCUUCGCACUGCUCAUAGCUCUCCCUACAAGUGGUGCCAUGCUCGAGAACAUGGGCCCUCAAGCCCUGGCUGGUCUCUUCACUGGCAUGACUGCUGUUGGAGGAGCUUGCUAUUUUGCAGCCCGAGCUCUUCUGAUUGGGAAGUGGCUGUCUCCCAGGACUAUCAUUUAA